UCUUCUUCCUCAUCUCCAUUCCGAAGAAAUCAAGAACUUCUCCACACAGAAACCGCGAGCGAGUUUCAGAAGACGCUUCUCUCCGAUUCCGUUCACGAUUUUCUCGAGCAGCAAACAACCGGAAACGGAAGAAUCGUCUUCAGAAGAAAUCCAUUUUCCAACUUCCAAUGGCUCGCUCUGUCUCCAGCGUUAAGGUUCUCUCCGCUCUCGUCGCCGAUGGAUUCUCCUCCGCUCUCAGCCGGCGUGGUUACGCGGCGGCUUCGCAAGGAGUUUCGUCGAGUGCGGCGAAGGCAGCAGGUGUUAAUCUGUUAAAGAAAUCCGGGGAGGACAGGGUUGGAUCCUCUGAGAAGGUUUCUUGGGUGCCGGAUCCUGUCACUGGCUACUAUAGGCCGGAGAAUCGCACCGAUGAGAUCGAUGUUGCCGAACUUCGAUCGAUCCUCCUUAAGAACAAGAACUGAACCUAAUUCAAAUUAAAACGUUUAGCAAAAAAAAAAAGCUCGGAUUAUAUAAAUCGAUGGAGGAGAGGCCUUCCGGAUCGAGCGCGAGUGUGGGGAUCGAAACCGUAUCCGAUGAUCGGCCGUCGGCUUUAUCGGCGGCGUUACGAUUCCAGUUUUAGAUGUAAUUCUUGUUCCUCUAUUACUUCCAUACUCUGUUUUUAGGAUUUGAAUAAUUUCCGUUACUGUAAUAGUAAAAGAAAAUACACAAUAAAUAGGCAGUAGCCUCUUUAUUUCUGAUCCUCGUUCUUUUCUUCAAACUCAAUCCGGCCUUUGAUUUUGUUUCUCAAGAGAUGAAAAAGGUGGAAUCUGGAAGGACCGUUUAAUGGCGGAAUUCGUGGGGAUGAGAAAUUCAAUUUGGAAACUAGUUGUGUAUUAUUUGUUAAAAAUUUCAAUUCA